AUGAAGCGACGAGUGCAUUUGCCACUAAUGACGCUCCUUAGCGCUGUGACACUGUGCACAAUGCAGCAGGCCCCAAACCCGAGCAUCGUGUUUAUCAGCCCGGAACAGAUCCGCGACAUCGGCGAACAAGUGACGCUCAACUGUUCGAUCGCGAACGUGAAGAACUACAUCGUCGGCUGGCAGAAGAGCAACCGCGAUCGGACGAAGGAAAGCAACAUCAUCUCGCUCGGGGUGCAGCUAGCCGUGGCCGAGGAUCGGUUCAAGCUGAACUUUACCAAAGAGAACAACGCGGCCAACUAUCUGCUGGAGAUCAACGACAUCGUCAACACGGAUGCCGGACUGUACGAGUGCCAGAUACAGGUGACCAGCACGACGAAAGUCACCAAAACCGUGGAGCUGCAGGUGCGCCACCCGCCGAUCCUGCUGGAAAAUCAGCACACCAACACCAUCACCAAGGGUGAGGGGGAGAGCGCGGAGCUGGUGUGCCGGGCCGAAGGUUACCCGCGGCCGGCCAUCACGUGGAAGCGCGAGUACAACGCAAUCUUACCGCUCGGUGGUCAAACGUACGUCGGGAACGAGUUGCGGUUAAGCGCGCUGCAGCCUGAAGACCGCGGCACCUACUACUGCAUGGCGGACAACGGGGUCGGCAAGUCGGACACGAAAGCCAUCACGCUGGAGGUGGAGUUCUCGCCCGUCAUAUCCGUACCGCGGCCGAAGGUGGCCCAAGCGGUCGACUACGAUAUCGAUGUCGAGUGUGUGGUGCAGGCGUUUCCGGCUCCGGCCAUCUCCUGGUACCGGAACGGGAAACAGAUCCACAACGGCGGUUCCUACAGCAUCUCGCAGAUCGGUUCGCCCGACGACGUGACACGGUCGGUGGUGAAGAUCAGCUCGGUGGCCGAGGAGCACUUCGGGGACUACGUGUGCAAGGCGUCGAACAAGGUCGGCCAAUCGGAGGCUCGACUGAACCUGUUUGAACAAAAUGUUCCCAACAUCAACUAUUCCGGGCUGAAGUGGUCCAACGGUGCCCCGGCCAGGAACGUUCUGAUCGGUCAGUGCUUCAUCGUCACGAUAACGCUCCUGCUGGUGACGCUCUUGUGAAUGCGACGCGCACGAGGCAGUGAACUUCAGAACGGUUGGCGGAAUGCGUGCUUCCUCGGAUCGCUAGCGGCAGCGCCACCACGAAGCUCGAUUAGCAACGAUCGUUCCCUCUCUCUUCUAAACGAUAAUCCUUAAGCCAUAUCUACAUGUAAGCCCACCCCACUAC